UUAAGAAACGACAACUAUAUUACGAAGAGAAAGAAGAUACACACAGUUGUACACAACCAGCUAACAAAAUUAAUUAAUACUUAAUCAUCACUUAAUCCCUAAACUAAUACAACUAUAUAUAUAAGCAUAAUUAUAAAGCCAGCCCAUUCUUCUAAACGUCUUUCUCUCUUUCUAUUUCUCUUUCUCUUUCUCUUGUUCGUCUACUCUGAUCACAAUAAUGGGAAACACAUCUUCAUGCGCACCAUUGAUCAUAUCAACAAACUCAUCCUCAGGAGUGGUUAAAAUCUUGGCUCCAUUCACCGGAACUCUUGAAGUUUUCUCAAAACCCAUCAAAACCUCCGACAUCGUCUCUAGACACUCCGGCCACUUUAUUACCGACUCAACUUUACUCCAAAUCAGCCACCGAGUCACCGCCGUGUCUCCCGACGAAUAUUUACGGCCGAGACGACAUCUCUACCUCCUCCUCCCGACCGACAUGCUCUUCUCUGUCUUAACACAAGAAGAACUUUCUCUCAUCUCCAACAAAGCCGCGGAGACACUCAACAAAAGCCGGUAUAACCAUUUGAAGAGAAUAUUCCCGGUCUGCAUAUUUCCGAUGACCGGAGACAGAAGAAGAAACCCAUCAUCAGUUAAUGAAGAUCGAGCUCAUGAUGGUGUGGAAAUAAGAGAAACCCUAGAUGAGAAGGUACUAUACGAAUCAAAACAUGGAUCUUGGAGGCCUAAAUUGGAGACGAUCGUGGAGAGCUAAAUGCCUAAAAUCUCGAGGAUCAUUAAAAUACUAUAUAUAUAAACAAAUCAAUUUUCAAACGUAGACGAGUAUUUUGUUCUUUUAUUUUUCCUGAUUUUUUGUCCGACUUUAAAGAGAAAUUGAGGCUUAUAUGGUUUUGUUCAUGAUUUGAAUAUUCGUGUAGAUAAUUUAGUGAUUCAAUUGUGUAAUUAUAGGUUUAUUUAAUUUAUACUGGACAAGAAUUGGAUAAAAAGGAUAUUGGUCAACGAAUCAAAGAAUUGGGUUUUUUGGUAAUCCAGAUUUUAGGUACAGCUAUUUUGGUAUUUGGUACGUAUUUAUAUAUAGUAUACAUAUAUUUUCAACUUUGGUAUGUAUACUUUGUC